AUGUGUAGAAUACAUUUCAGGGUGAAGAGGGUACUUUCCACUAAGUUUAUUAUAUUACUUUGUGGUUUUUUGGUUCUAUAUUUGAUUACAAACAGGCGUAACUCGCUAUCUUCGCAAGCCGGUGGUCCUAUCCCAAGUGACUUGAAGUAUAAAUCAGAUAAAACCAGUACGUUUCAAAAAAUUGGGUACAGAAGCGCUGACUCUGAAUCUCCAUUACAUGAUAUACUCCAAAGAAGGGAGAGGCUGAGAAGGCAACUUAAAAAUCCAUUCUUCCGCGCCUAUUCCUUCAUAAGAGGGCUACUGGUAAAUCCUGGUUCUGGUAGGGAGAAUCGAGAAGAAGAGUUCGAAUUGCUCACCAAUUGGAACAACACAACAUUAUUGACACAAUGCAGCUAUUUGAUUGAGAAUAUAUAUCAAAAUAAUCCAAGCUGGACAAAUGAGGAAAUUGUUAAGUUUCAUAAUAAUGAUAACGUUGAUGAUUUAAUGAUGUCGCUGAUGGGAGAAAGGGUGCGGAUCUAUAAUUAUUGUUUCACUCACGGCAACUUAAACACAUUGGAUGUGCUUAAAACCAAAUAUUUCAAAAAACAAGGUAUAGACCCUUGGGAUUAUCAGAGUAGAACGUUUCCAUUUUUCAAAGAAAAUAUUGAUCCUGAAAACUACCUUCUUUGGCCCAAUAUAUAUGAUUUGUCUUUGGAAUCAGAAAACAAGCUUCUUCCAAAACCUUCUUUCAAGACAGGAAAUCGACAAUUCAAUCUCAAUUUUCUACAGUAUUGGAAAAUGUUAGGAAAGGGGAGAGGUAUAGUUACAACUUUACCAAUAGGGGACAUCAAAUUAUUUUACAAGCAGUUGAAAGUUUUGGAUUACCUUAAUAACACAUUACCCAUUCAAAUUGUUACUACAGGAGGAGCCUCCGUGGAACUAUUCAUUGAAGAGCUGAAAAGCUAUUCAAAAAGCACGCAUCAAAAGAUUCUCCUGAUCGAUACAUCUCCAAUGCUUAAUACUUCCUUCGCUAGCCUGUAUAUUAGAUUCUUUAGUAAUAAGUGGAUCUCUAUACUUUUCAAUACAUUUGAAGAAAUGAUUUUUAUGGAUGUUGACGUUGUGCCAUUUGUUAAUCCAAACGAAUUCUUUGAGAUAGAUGGUUACAAAGAGACUGGUAUAUUCAUGUACAAAGAUAGAGCAUUAUUGAAUGAACACACGUUUCAGUAUUGUAUAGAUACGUUCCGCGGACUUGAGCCAUCCAUGCAGGAAAAUGAGUUACUUAGCAAGAAUCAUGUUCUCGAUAGACUUCUAAGAGGCAGUUCUGACAAGAGUAAAUCUGCGAAAGACCAAACAGGCCAGCAACAAACUUUUAAUAGCUUCUUCAUCGAUCAAAAAUUGCAUCACGUUGACAGCGGACUGGUAGUCAUCGAUAAAAAGAGAAAAUUUGAUGGUAUCCUUAUGUCAUUUUUACUUAAUAUUGACUGGAAAACACAGAGAUGUGUGUAUGGUGAUAAAGAAGUAUUCUGGUUGGGCCAUUUAUUUGCUGGAAGUGAUUACGCUAUUGAUGCCACCUAUGCUGGUCUUCUAGGCCCCAUAGGGAAAGAUGAUGAUGAAGCUACGUCUUCCACAAGAUACCAUAUUUGCUCAGCUCAAAUUUCUCAUAACGAUGGAGAAAGGCUGAUGUGGGCUAAUGGAGGAUUGAAGACUUGUAAGUUGGAUAAUGCCGCAGAGGCCGACUUCGAUGCUAAUCCAGACUAUUUUUCUUCGAGGUACAAUGAUAAGGAGACUUUAGAGCAAAUGUAUAGCUCAGCGUUAGGUAUAGAUGCAAUGAUUAUUCCAGAUCCAGAGGUAGAUCCAUGGUUACAGAUCCAGGAGUGUCAAAACUACAUGUAUUGUGCGUUUGUAACUACUGACGUUAAUGAUUCACCAUUAGACGCAGGGAGUCUUGUUAAAUUUAAGUCGCCUAGUUUGAUAAGUUAUAACAAAAUCUCAAAUCUUUGGAAUGAUGCAGUUAUAUCGUAA